AUGUUUUCAAAGUUGGUAUUAUAUUUCAAAACUCUUAAUUUAUUUGCAUCAUCCAGUACUAUAAACAAUGAAUAUGAAUUGAAAAAUGAACGAAUCUCUACUCGUAUUUUUAUUUUGUUAUUAACAUUUUCUCUUCUUAUUACUUUGAUUUACACAGCUCAAGUAGAUAUUACACACACUGUUGAAGUUAAAAAUCCUUCAAUCGAUCAAUUUCAAUUACUUUCACUUCGCUAUUCAGAUACACUUCAUUGUCCAUGUAAAAAUUUAGCUAUACAUUAUGAAUCUUUUAUUAUUCUAAAACCUCAAUUUCAUCAAUUAUGUACAUCUAAUUUUAUUAAACAUAAUUGGAUAAAUCAUCUUGAUUCAGCUGCAAAUAUACACAUGUCGGAUGAUUUCAGUGAUAUUGGUAGUCUAUACUUUCUCACUCUUGCAUCGCUUUGUCGUUUGGCGAAUGAAACAAUUAAUAGUGCUUUGAAGACAUUUGGAUCAACACAAUUCAUAAUGGCUAAUGCUCUUAUUCAAAAUCAAUUAGAAGAACAAAUUGAAACAAGUAUAAAAAAUUUUCAAUCAUCGACUAAAUUCUUUUUUUUUAAAUCACACGAGCUCAUUCGAUAUUCAAUUAGAAUAAAUCAAAUUAUGACAAGUUUAUUUGGUGAUAUGAAAGUUUUAGCAGAUGUCGAAAGCAAGGGAAUACAUUUCAGUUAUCAUGCCUAUACUAAUAAAACUUGUCAAUGUAGAGGAUUUCGUCAAUGUAUCGAUUCUUUGACAUUAAGAAAUCGUCAACUAAAUCAAAAUAUGUCAUCGUCUUUGUUUCAUAUACCAGGUUUAGUUAAAAGCUGUUAUUUAAUUGACGCUGUUCAAUAUUCAUCACUCGAAUGUUUCUAUAAUCAAUCAUGUAUUAUGAUGAUCGAACAAUUCCUUUCAGCACCUGUAGUACUUAACAAGCAAAUAUUACCUUUGAAUAUAUCUAAUAGAAGUAAAUUUCAUGUUUCAUCCAGAAUUUAUGAACUUCUCUUCAAUGCGAUGAUUGAAGAAUGGAAAGAAACGAUUUCAUAUAUUAAAUAUUUUAAUCAUUGUAAAAUUUCAUUAUGUACUUAUUCAUAUACAUCGAAAUUCAAUAUUAUGUAUAUGAUAACAACAUUGAUUAGUUUUGCAGGAGGAUUAACAGAAGUUUUCCGUUUUCUUAUUCCACGAAUCGUCAAAUUUAUUCGACGUCGAUUCGUAUCUCCUGCAACGUUAGUUAAUGAAUCUCGAAUUACCAUUCGAUCUUUGAUAGAACGUAUUCGUACAUUUAAUUAUUUCUCAAAACCAUCAUCAACCGAAAUAGAAAUUAAACAACAAAUAAUAGCUACUCGACUUUUCCUAUUACUUUUAAUAAUAUUAUUUGUUAUUUUAAUCUCAUACUACAGCACUGUAAAUAUUAAUAUUCUUUAUGAAAUCAAAUCACCAACAUAUGAAAAAUUCAUUAAACUAGUUGCUGAUCAACAUUCUAAUCCAUCAUUUAGUUGUCCUUGUUCAACACUAGCAAUUAUGAAUAACAAAUUUAUUACAGUCGAUUAUAUUUUACAUCCAUUCUGUAACUCCGAUUCUCUUCAAGCUGCAUUAAUAGCCUACGAAUUAAAUUUAAAGUUCUACGCAUAUGAUUUUCGAAAUUUAGCAUCUACAUUAUUUAGUUCUUUAAGUUUUCUAUGUCUAGAAUCCGAUCAAUAUAUCGUCCAGCGUAUUACUUUAUUUAAUUCAACUUCAUACAUUGCCACUAAAGCACUUGCUCCAGAAACAUUCGAUUUAGAAACUAAUAAAAUUAAUGAAGCAUUUAUUCAAUCAACAACUCACUCUUUCGUAACUAUGUUCACUCUUACUUCGAUAAUGACACAAAAUAAUAUGCUUGUAAAUAGUAAAAUGACAAAUUUUGGGCUGAAUUUUUUGAAAACUAACUCAUCAUACAGUGUUGGAGUUUCUACUAUUUCAUAUAUAAUGUAUUCUAAAAAUAAUACUAUACGAUGUGAUUGCUUACUUUUUACACAAUGUUAUAUGCCGUUAUCGAUUUAUUUAAAUACUAAUAUUCAAAGUUGGUACAUGGACAUACCUGGAUUUUAUAGAGGUUGUACGUUACUAGACAGUAUGCGUUACUCUACUUUAACUUGUCUAUUUAAUGAAUCGUGUCUUAAUAUAAUGACUUUUUGGCUUAAUAUAUCAUAUAUUAAUGUUCUAGAUAGUAAUAAUCUAAAACAUUUUAAAUCUAAUUCAACCAUUGCAGAAAUUAUGGAUAGGAUAUUCAUUGAUCGAUGGAAUAUUUCUACCUCUCAUCAAGCUUUCUAUAAACAAUGUAAUCCUGAAAAAUGUAUAUAUACAUUAUUUCAACGUAAUUCAUUAUUAAAUAUAGUGACAAUAGUCUUUGGUCUUAUUAGUGGUCUUACGAAGAUCUUACAAAUUAUUGUUCCAUUUCUUGUUAAAUGUGUAUUUGCAAUAUAUUCUCGUUGUUUUAAUCGUAGAAAUCGAGAUACAUCUGUAAGAUCUGUUUCUUCAAAUUGCUCUUGUCAAAUGAUUAUUAAUCGAAUACGAAAACUUAACUUUUAUUCUUCGAACAAUUCAACUAUCGAAAAUGAAUAUGAGAUUCGAAGUCAAAUAAUUGCCACUCGUAUUUUAUCAAUUCUUCUUAUAAUUCUAAUUAUUAUUCUUACUAUAUAUUCAUCACAAACUUCAGUAACAAAAAUUGUAAUAGUUAGUAAUCCUUCAAAUGAAAAAUAUAAUUCGCUCUAUCGAACACAUUCAGAAACAUUGAGUUGUCCUUGUACAAAUAUUAUCAUUCCAAGACAAAUCUUUCUUAUUCUACAACCUACUUUUCAUCAAGUUUGUCGAAGUAAUUUUAUCGAUCCUCUAUGGUCUCAUGGACUUUUACGUACUAGUAGAAUUCAAGGUUUACCUUUAUACGAUUUUCGUAUUUAUGGAGGCUUCAUUUUUCGAACAAUUGCAUCAUUAUGUGAAUUAUCACUUACGACAAUUAAUAAUGAACUUGAAGAUUUUAAUCGAUCAUUAUUCACUACUACUCGUGUAAUUCCAAAACAAAUACUUGAUAAACAAGGGCAAUCUCUUAUUGAUCUUUUUAUAUCUACAAAUGAAAAUACAUUCUUUAGUUCAAUUCAAAUUAAUAACGAUAUGACACAUAGAAAUGGUCUUAUAUCAGGCUUCGCAUUGUCAACACAUUUUAGGUGGCAAAAAAUAGAUGGAAUAUACUGGAAGCUAGUAAAAACAUCCGACAAUUUUGGUGAUAAUACAUCUGUUUGUCUUUGUCAUAGUGAUCCAACGUGCAGACGACAAGCAUUUCUUUUGAGUAUUCAGCAAAAUAUUACUAUUAGAUAUAUUCCAGGAUUUUUUAUCGGUUGCUACACUGUUGAAGCUGCAUUAAAAUCAAAUCUUGCUGUUUUUUACAAUCAAACGUGGAUAGAUAUGUUUCGUAAAAUAAUUAAUUUUGAUUAUUUUAAUCCAAUGUCUAUUCAAACAAUAGCAUUAAAUACAUCUCGGAACAGUAUAUUUAAUACUAAUGCAUCGAUUGAAGUCAUAGCAAAGAAGAUGAUGAUUGAACAAUGGCAUACUCAUGUUAAUUAUUCGGCCUAUUAUGAGCAUUGUCAACCUAAAGAGUGUAAAUAUACCUAUAUUGUCAAAUAUGAUAUAAAUUAUAUAAUUACUAUACUCAUCAGUUUGGUUGGUAGUUUUGCAACUGUUCUUCAAUGGAUUACACUUCCCAUAAUCAAGUUAAUUCGACGAUAUUGCUUAAAACGACGUCGUCAAACGGCACUGCAAAUAAUAUCCAUACAAGACUAA